AUGACGUCUAAUAUUUGUAAUAUUGAUGAACUUGCGACUUCCUCUUCAACUAAAUCAUCCAUUUCGAUAGAGGAUACAAAAAAUAAAAAACAUAUAGUACUAACUAAUGACUCUGAAUGUUAUGCAUCAUUUAGAAUCGACUUACCACAGUGUAGAGAAUUUCUUAUCGAACCAUCUUUAGAAAAUAUACCACCUUUAAAUAAAAAAAUUGUUACCAUCUCCAAUUGUUGUAAGAAUGAGGCAGGAGGAGUUGUUAAUCAACUUAUGACUACGAAUACAAAGUAUGUCACAGAAUGUGCUGAUUGCAUUACUUUUGGGACCGCAGCUGAAGACAAUAAUACUAGUAAACGUUAUUUAACUAUUAUGUCUCCUGAAGAUGAGGAUAGUGGAAUUGAAAAUUCUAUUUAUGAUAGUAAUAAUAAUGACAUAAAUAUUUCAAUGAAUAGUUUGUCAACAAUUUCACUUGAUAAUAAUACUCUAUCAAGAACUGUUUCAGAAUCUUCUAGUGAGGAUAUCUUUUGUGAGUUAUCUACACCAAUUGUUUUAUUUCAUUGUGGUAAAAGUUAUAUUGUUCAUAAGACAAUUCUUCAAUCAAAGUCAAAAAAAUUUGAUAGAAUAUUUGAAAAAGACAAUGAAAUAUCAUCUUUUAAAAUACCUCGUCCAUUUGUAAGUGAACAUGUUGAUGAGAUGAUCAAUUAUCUAACAGUUAACCUUUGCAAUUUUUCAACUAGAAAUAUUUAUGGUAUUUUACGCCUAGCUCUUUACUAUGAAAUUGAAGAACUUGUUAUGGAUGGAGAAAACUGGGUUGAAGCAAAUUUUUAUUACCUGAAUUUAUCUGUUUUAUAUCAUUUUCUAACUGAAUUUGAAAGGGAAAAUUUAAUAUCCUCUUUACUAGAAUAUAUUAGAACAAAUUUUGAAAAUCUUCUCCAAAAUGAUAUUUUUAUGGAAUUUGAUUUUAUAUUUUUUUCAAAAAUUUUUUGUGAAAUUAUUCUUCCUGAUGUCGAUAUACAUAAAGCAGUUGUUAUUUUUAUGGAAUGGAUUAAUUAUGAUUAUGUUAAACGUUUAUUACAUUUUAAAUGGUUAGUUUCUUUAGAUGAAAUGAGAUUUUUGUCGAAGAAUUUUAUUAUGAAUAUGGGUACUUAUUAUUUUCAUUUUAUGAGUGAUAUUGACUUUAACAUUCAAUAUGUUAUUCUUCUAACUAAAGCUUGUGGUGGUUUGGAAAAAUAA